AUGGGCAACGCAUACACGAUUGAACUUCCCCGUAAGAUGCGUAGGUAUCCUACGUUUAAUGUUGGAUGUCUCCUCCCGUACUAUAAGUACGAGACCGUUUCUAAAUGCGAAGAACAACUCCGCGGUCGAGAGCCGAGACCACCUUCGAGUGGUCCCGUUUCUACGAGCCAGUCUGGUCGACUAGCGAAGCGACCUGUUCACGCAGUUAAGCGAUGUCUCGACGAGCUGCAGCUAGCUCGUCACGAAGAGAACGAGUCGAACGUUCGUUCUCAAGAUCCGCAAACGCAAACGCAGCACGAUCGUUCGAACGAUCGUGCGCCAUGUAAUUGUAAUUAUCCCCCACACCAUCCUGGAGCUCAUAACGCCGAGAUCGUUCCUGAGCCAGGACAUCUUGCACCUGUUCCGUUACACGGUUCAGCUCCUGAACAUUUAGUUGAUCCGACCCUCGAGCUGGAUCAGGUGUUCCCACCGCCACCACAUCCUUUGGUGGACUCAAGCGGUGGUCAACGCUUCCUAGUGGAGCGUAUUUUGAACCACCGCGAUGUGAAUGGCGUCCGGACGAGUUACCUCGUCCGCUGGCGUGCUAUCCACCGGCCUAAGACAGCUGGGAGCCUCGUGCCCAGCUAA